AUGUUGGAACGAAGCACGCGUGCGUGGUUGACGAUUGUGGUCAUCCAAGCAAUGGGAAGUGUAUGGAUGUGCUAUGCAAAGCAGAACGCGGCAUCUCACUACACAUCAAAGUCCACAGCACUCUCCAGAGCUCAUGCCCUUCCCCUUGCGUUGCUCUGCAUUCUUAGAAUCGUUCUGAUCUUCGAUUAUCGCAACAUCUCCGUCCACAUCUCACACAUUCUUCUCUCCAUUUUCACUGCCCUCCACACACUCUCCGAAGUGUUCUACUACCAAUCAAUGUCCUACGGAAUCGUGACAGUCACUGAAGUCACUCUCAACAGUUUCUCCGCUUUCGUCAUGCUGUGCUUCAUAUUCUCCUCCUCGUUCCAUGAAAAAAUCAAAGCUGAAACUCUGAAAAAGCGAAAGAGAGAAUUCGUUGCGAGACACUACAUGGAAGGAGACUCGCUCACACCGGAUGACGAUGACGAGUUGGUUCAGGCCUACAGGAAAAGAAAGUAA